AUGCGACACAGCGAGGAGAUAGCUCGUUUCUCCUCUCUGGAGCCCCAGGUCAACCUGCUAAAAGAGAAGCUGAAGGCACUGAGGGAGAAGGAGAAUGCUCCUGUCUUCUUCGAUGCAGACAUCACUGACUUCACACAGCAUCACCAGCAGGUCCUGGAUGAGCUCCAGGCCCGAGAGAGACAGCUGGUGCUGGUUCAGGAGAGCCUUCCUCCAGUGCUCUAUAAGGAGACAGUAUUUACUCUGUUGGCCUGGUUACAGCAGUGUGAGGCGAGGCUAGCCAUCCCCUCUACAGCCGUCACUGAAUACCCUACCAUGGAGGGGAGACUGGAGGAUGUCAAGGUAAUGCAGGUUGCGCUUGCAGAGCACCAGAGUGAGGUGGACUACCUGACGUCUACAGUGGACCAGGUCUUUCAGAAGGCCCCUCCUGAGAUCAGUCACAAGUACAGGACAGAGAUGGACAGCAUCAUGACUCGCUGGAGACGCCUGUCCACAACGCUGGGGGAACAGGCGACCAAGAUAACAGAGCUUAUGGCUAAAUUACUGCAGUUCCAGAAUGACGUGAAGACUCUGAGGAAGUGGAUGGCUGAUGUUGAUGUGUUCCUGAAUGAGGAGUGGCCAGCGCUGGGGGACUCAGAGGCCCUGCAGAAACAGCUGGAGCAGUGCACUGCCCUGGUGAAUGACAUCCAUACCAUCCAACCCAGUCUGAACGGCAUCAAUGAGGUGGGUGUGUCUCUGAAGACAGAGGCGGAGCCAGCAUUCGCCAUCCAACUGCAGAAGGAGCUCGAUGAGCUGAACGCUAUGUGGGAGAUAAUCUGCAAACAGGCCUAUGCUAAGAAGUCCGCUCUGAAGGGGGGUCUGGACAAGACCAUGAGCCUGAGGAAGGAGAUGGCUGAGAUGCAGGAGUGGAUCACUCAGGCUGAGGAGGACUAUCUGGAGAGGGACUUCACUUACCAGACCCCUGAGGAGCUACGCAAGGCUGUGGAGGAACUCAAGAAGGGUCAAGAGGAGGUCCACUCUAAAGAGCUGAAGGUGAAGCUGCUGACUGACUCAGUGAACAGUUUCAUCUCCAAAGCCCCUCCAGCUGCCCACGAUGCCCUCAAGGCAGAGCUGGUCGUGCUGACCGCUAACUACCAGAGACUCUGCAGCCGCCUGGACGGCAAGUGUAAAACCCUGGAGGAGGUGUGGGCGUGUUGGUGUGAGCUGCUGUCCUACCUGGAGCAGGAGAACGGCUGGCUGGACCAGCUGGAGCAGAAGUUAGACGAGACAGAAAGCAUCCCGGGAGGAGCAGAGGAGCUCUGUGAGGCCCUUGAUGCCCUGGACACAUUGCUGCGUCACCCUGAAGAUGGGAGGAACCAGAUCAGAGAGCUGUCUCAGACCCUGAUGGACGGAGGAGUUCUGGAUCAACUGAUCCAGCACAAACUAGAGGCCUUCAACACACGCUGGAAUGAACUCAUGCAGAGGGCGGUUCGUCGGCAGCAGCAGCUGGAGAGGAGUGUGCAGUGGACCCAGGAGAAUGACAAGACGCUGUGUCUCAUCAAUGACUCUCUGGACGCCACCAACCGCCACCUGUCUGCCUACAUCGCUGACCACAUCGACGCAGCACAGAUACCACAGGAGGCACAGAAGAUCCAGACAGAGCUGAAUGGUCACGAGGCGACUCUGGCAGACAUGAAGAAGAAGAAUACAGAGAGAGACCAGUCAGAGAGAGUAGCAGCCCAGAUCCGCCUGAUACAGAAGAAACUCCAGGAAGUGUGUGUGAAGUUCAGGCUCUUCCAGAAGCCUGCGAACUUCGACCUGCGCCUCUCAGAGUGUGAGAGGGUUCUCUGGGAUGUGAAGGCACAGCUGGGGGUGUUGGACAUACGCAGCGUGGAACAGGACGUGGUGCAGUCACAGUUGGAACAAUGCAUGAAGUUGUAUAAGAGUCUGAGUGAGGUGAAGUUGGAGAUAGAGACUGUGAUAAAGACCGGAAGACAGAUCGUUCAGAGACAGCAGACGGAGAAGCCUAAAGAGCUGGACGACAGACUCACUGCCCUCAAGCUGCUCUAUAAUCAACUGGGCGCGCAGGUGACGGAGGGAAAACAGGAACUAGAGAAGAGUCUGAAGUUGUCCAGGAAACUGCGUAAGGAGUUGAACAGCCUGACAGAGUGGUUAGCUGCUACAGACGCUGAGCUGACUAGGAGGUCGGCUGUGGAGGGGAUGCCCAGUGAUCUAGAGGCUGAGCUGGACUGGGCCAAGGCAACCCAGAAGCAGACAGAGAAGCAUGCUCCCCAGUUGAAGGCUGUAGAGGAGUUGGCUGAAGCCUUGAAGGCAGUGCUGAGAGGUCAGGAGAGCCUAGUCGAUGACAAGGUCCAGCUGCUCCACUGUAACUGGGUCGCUGUCACCUCCAGGAGUGAGGAGUGGUUAAAGCUACUGCUGGACUACCAGAGCCAGGUGGAGACAUUGGAUGUGAAUAUGAAGGUGAUAAAGGAGUGGAUGGAGGGAGCAGAGAAAGAGAUGGACCAGAUAGAGAACCAGGGACCCAACGACCCUGUGCUCAAGGGUCUGCGUGGGGACUUGGAGGUGAUGCAUGGUAAGGUGGAGGCGGUGCGGGUGCUACACCAGGGUCUGAUGGGUACUUGUGGGGAACACUGCCAGGCACAGCUGGGGCCCAAACUGGAAAAACUCAACCAGCGUUUUGACAGCAUCGCACAGCGCAUCACUGCAGGACAGGCAGCAGCAUCAGCGGUGGAGGUGGAGCAGUUCCACAGUGAAGCUAAAAUCUGGCUGGACCUGCUGGAGGAAGAAGAGAAACAGGGAGAGAACCUGAAGGAGGAAGAUUUCACAGGACAGGACGGGAACUGUGAAGAGGGGGCAGUGAAGGAGCUGUUGCUGAAAGGACAGAAGCUACAGAGGAGAGUUCCAGACCUGGACAAGAAAGAACAGAUCAGAAUCAAACACAAUCAGCUCAACACUAAAUACAACAGUGUCAUGGUGCAGUAUACAGUCUGGGAAUAAUGGCAACAUUGAGAAAAAUAUAAUGUUGUACCAUUCUAUCAUUAGUUCACCUGAUUGUGUGUGUGUGUGUGUGUGUGCGUGUGUGUGCG